GCUUCGGAAGCACCGGAGGAGCCCCCUCGGCCUGGGCGCGCCAAGAGGACGAGGGUUAAAAUGAAUGAAGACCUGAAGGUCAAUUUAAGCGGGCUGCCUCGGGAUUAUUUAGAUGCUGGCGCUGCAGAGAACGUCUCGGCGGCCGUCUCCUCCCAGGUUCCUGUUGUAGAGCCGGAGCCUGAGCUCGUUGUCAACCCUUGGGACAUUGUCUUGUGUACCUCAGGAACCCUCAUCUCCUGUGAAAAUGCCAUUGUGGUCCUUAUCAUCUUCCAUAACCCCAGCCUGCGAGCACCCAUGUUCCUGCUAAUAGGCAGCCUGGCUCUUGCAGACUUGCUGGCCGGCAUCGGACUCAUCAUCAAUUUUGUUUUUGCCUACCUGCUUCAAUCAGAAGCCACCAAGCUGGUCACAAUCGGACUCAUUGUCGCCUCUUUCUCUGCCUCUGUCUGCAGCUUGCUGGCUAUCACUGUUGACCGCUACCUCUCCCUGUAUUACGCUCUGACAUACCACUCGGAGAGGACAGUCACGUUCACCUAUGUCAUGCUCAUCAUGCUCUGGGGGACCUCCAUCUGCCUGGGACUGCUGCCCAUCAUGGGCUGGAACUGCCUCAGAGACGAGUCCACCUGCAGUGUGGUCAGACCUCUCACCAAGAACAAUGCGGCCAUCCUCUCGGUCUCCUUCCUCUUCAUGUUUGCGCUCAUGCUUCAGCUCUACAUCCAGAUCUGCAAGAUUGUGAUGAGGCACGCCCAUCAGAUAGCCCUGCAGCAUCACUUCCUGGCCACCUCCCACUAUGUGACCACCCGGAAGGGGGUCUCCACCCUGGCCAUCAUUCUGGGGACCUUUGCUGCUUGCUGGAUGCCUUUCACACUCUAUUCCUUGAUAGCUGAUUACACCUACCCCUCCAUCUACACCUACGCCACCCUCCUGCCCGCCACCUACAACUCCAUCAUCAACCCCGUCAUAUAUGCUUUCAGAAACCAAGAGAUCCAGAAAGCCCUCUGUCUCAUUUGCUGCGGCUGCAUCCCCUCCAGUCUCUCCCAGAGAGCACGGUCACCCAGCGAUGUGUAGCAGUGUUCCCCUUAGGAGGACACCCUGCACACUCAAUUCUGCAUUUACCAAGCACUUCCACUGCCCAGCCAAAUGGCUGAGAUGCUGUCCUUUAAUUCUUUAUAUUGGAUUCUCUCUUGAGCCUCAGGAGCACUUAGCAUUCGUGAAGCAUUCAUUUACAUGAGUAAAGUGACUGAAGUGAAAAUAAUGUUGCCAGUGUUUUCAACCUUUAAAAAAAUGAUUGAGUUCUUUGCUCAAGAUUAUUGUUUUGUUUGGGGGCUAGGGGUUUUGUUUUCUGUUUUGUUUGGAGGCAGGGUUUUUGUGUUAUAUUUUACUGGGAAGAUUGGUAGUGGGUGGGAAAGAAAGUAUGUGAUAUGGCCAUGAUGUUAGAAAAAGUAAACUGGUCCCAGAGUUUUUACUUGGACUUUAAAAUAAAAUUGAGCUAUUGAGAAAAAUGGAAGAGAAAUGACUUUUUCCAGACUUUUUUUUUUUUUUAAUGUCAAGGUAGAUUUCCAACGCUGCAUGUACCUAACUGAAUAUAAUCUCUUUCGAGCCUACACCAAUAGUUUACAUGAUUCUGUUUGGAAGAGACCUGAUUUUAUUAACAUGAACUCAGUAAUAAGUUACCAACACAGAAACCAUGUACCCAUUCUUAUUCAUUCUUUCUUUACUUUGAGCAAUUACUGUUCACAAGAAUUAAUUGGGUAUUUCUAUGAAUGUUGUAACUUUCUGCAUGGUUGCCUGUGUUAGCUAGACCACUAGUUUCAAAUGUUGCCAUGUAAAUCCAGAAUCAAAUGAGUCAGUUUUCAAUAUAGGUUUUCAAUGUGUCUCUAAAAUGAAUUAUGAAAUUUGUUUGAUUUGCAUAUGAAGUAGGAUUGAUUAGAUCCACCACUGUAGUCUCCACUCCACAGUGAUUGUUUUCACGAAGCAAGAGAAAAAAUUUAAUAACAGCUAUUAAAAGUAGGUUACAUUUAUUUUAGUGUAUUCUGAAAAAUAAAUUGAUGUAAAGCUAUCACAAAAUAGGAAAAACAUCACCUUUCCUAUCUCUCUAUAUCUAAGAAUGUAUUAAUAGUUUUUCUUGAUUGAGACAAAUAGAAUUAAAUAUUGUAGACCAAAUAUUUCUGGUUCAUAUCAUCUGUGGUGCAAAGUGCAUUUGAAACAGGUGGUCUCCUCUUUUAAUGAUUAAGUUUGUGAGUGCAUAAAUGUGUAUCUGACUGUAAUAUAUGUUAGCUAUAUUAUGUAAGUUCGCAAGCAGAAUGACCAUGUGGCUGUUCAUGAAAAGCUAACUUUGAAUUCCUUUUCCUUCUUUUCACCAAAAAACAACUUAAAUGCAAUAAAAAUUGUAUUGCCUGUUCUCAGAGAGCAAAGAUUUAGUCAAGAAAUGACACCGAAGAAUGAAUUUUAAGUAUAUUGCAAAGUCAUUGUGUCUGAGCAUCAUUUCUCUUAGUACAGACAGAUGUUUUGGAUGCAGAUACCUUCCCUCCAUUUGCCAUGGAUUUAUAGUGGCGUCUAUACAACCAGUGGAAGAAUUUCUGGACGGGACAUCAACUAAGCCCAUUCAGAUGGUGGUGAAACCAGUACUUCAGGGUCCGUGGGGGAAUCGUUUGUAAUAAAUUAACCUUAUCAGUUUGUCCCAAAUGUUAUGCCCGUGGUGGUCUCAGGGCCAUCCUGGCAGCUUGCAUGCUGAUGCCAUCUCCCCAAAGCCCCUUCAUAUGUAGCACAAGUGUGAAUAAAUCCUAUACUUGAAUCUGCUUCUCCUCCCCUAGGUUACUUAUGGAAGCAGGAGAGGGACUGAAAUAUUCCAGAAGUGGAAAGGUAUAUACCACCAUACGACCAAUCUAAUCAACUCGAUGCCUUUAAAAAAUGUCUUUUGAACAUUUGAUGGAGUUGGUAGAUUGGAAAUGAUGGUCUGUUUGUUUUUAAUGACAUAAAACUUAAUAGCAUCUCCUUGUGAGCAAUGACUAAGGUAAGUUGGUUUUGACAUGAGCUGGGAAGUAUCCAUACGGAGCUUAUAAAGCAAUAAAUACUAUCUUUGUAGAAAUGGUGGUCCAUUUGCAUAUCUGUAAUAGUAGGAACUACAGUCAUAAUGACGUGUACUGUUGUUCACCAUAUGUUGUGUGCCAGGCCCCUUUAUCUGCUUUGUUGCUGGAUUCACAAGAAUACACUUUUACAAGUAAGAAAAUUAAGGCGAAGAGAGGCUAAGGAAUUUGUCUGAGGCCACAGAGCUCCAGGAUAGAGGCAGGAUCUGACCCUGGGUUUUCCCAAGCCUAUGCUGUCCCCUUCCGUGCACCAGGCUGC